GCGCGGGGGGCGGGGGAGGAUGUCCCCUCCGCGCCGUUAAAAUGAAACUCUAGUGGCUGGAGUCAGGGCAGAGCGUGAGGGGAGCCGGCGCUGGCGGGGCUGCUCACACCCCGGAGGGAGCGCCCAGCCGAGCCGAGCCGAGCUGACGGACUCUCUCACGGGCCCCAAUCCCAGGGCUGCGGCAGCUUCGGUUCUGAGCCCGGCGGGAAAGGAUCCCGAAUCCCGGUCCUGAGGGAAUAGCUCUGUGUAGACCAGUGGGACCCCGAAACUUGAACGCAACCCUCAGUCCCUUUUUUAUGCCUGCCUUUGUCACUUCCCCAGCUUUCUCCCAGCGCGUUUUUGUUUUUGUUUUUUUCUCCCCUCCAUUCUCCCUCCGAAGGACACAAAAGUGGCUUCCGCGGAAAGAUCUGGAGGUGGUGGGAGAUUUUUCUUUGGAGAACGAUUGUGUGGAAAGGAUUUUUGGGAAGCCGUUUUUAAACACCUCCGUGCCCCAAGCCUCUCUAUACGCUCUGAGGAGAAAAACCCGUAGCUUGAAAGUUCGGGGGGCAUUUUGCCGGGUGCUGUAAGAGGAGAGGGGGAGGACCCUGUCCUCGUCCUGGUAGUUGGCUGGACUUGUACCGGUCGUUGGAAAACCUGAAGUACAUUUCCGUGUGGAACUUUUACAGAUAUAUAUUUUUAGAUUUUUAAAUAUCAGAUAAAAAAUAUAUGCUUUCUAUAUAUUUUCUGACGACCUGCCCCUGACAGCGCGAUGUACAAUACGGUGUGGAGUAUGGACCGCGAUGACGCAGACUGGAGGGAGGUGAUGAUGCCCUAUUCGACAGAACUGAUAUUUUAUAUUGAAAUGGAUCCUCCAGCUCUUCCACCAAAGCCACCUAAGCCAAUGACUUCAGCAGUUACAAAUGGAAUGAAAGACAGUUCUGUUUCUCUCCAGGAUGCAGAAUGGUACUGGGGGGAUAUUUCAAGAGAGGAGGUAAAUGACAAAUUACGGGACAUGCCAGAUGGUACCUUCUUGGUCCGAGAUGCCUCAACAAAGAUGCAGGGGGAUUAUACUUUGACAUUGCGGAAGGGAGGCAAUAAUAAGUUAAUAAAGAUCUAUCAUCGGGAUGGUAAAUAUGGCUUUUCUGAUCCUCUGACAUUUAAUUCUGUUGUGGAGCUCAUUAACCACUAUCAUCAUGAAUCUCUUGCUCAGUACAAUCCCAAACUUGACGUGAAGCUAAUGUACCCAGUAUCCAGAUACCAACAGGAUCAGUUGGUAAAAGAAGACAACAUUGAUGCAGUAGGUAAAAAACUACAAGAGUACCACUCUCAGUAUCAGGAAAAGAGUAAGGAAUAUGAUAGAUUAUAUGAAGAAUAUACCAGAACAUCCCAGGAAAUACAGAUGAAGAGGACUGCAAUUGAAGCUUUUAAUGAAACAAUUAAAAUAUUUGAGGAGCAGUGUCACACACAAGAACAACAUAGCAAAGAAUAUAUUGAGCGAUUUCGUAGGGAGGGGAAUGAAAAGGAGAUUGAACGAAUUAUGAUGAAUUAUGACAAGUUGAAAUCACGUCUGGGUGAGAUUCACGAUAGCAAAAUGCGUCUUGAGCAGGAUUUGAAGAAACAAGCUUUGGACAACCGAGAAAUAGAUAAAAAAAUGAAUAGUAUCAAACCUGACCUGAUUCAGCUGCGCAAGAUCCGAGAUCAGCACCUUGUGUGGCUCAAUCACAAAGGAGUGAGGCAGAAGCGCCUGAAUGCCUGGCUGGGAAUCAAGAAUGAGGAUGCCGAUGAAACCUAUUUUAUCAAUGAGGAAGAUGAAAACCUGCCACAUUAUGAUGAGAAAACCUGGUUCGUUGAGGAUAUCAAUCGAGUACAAGCAGAGGACUUGCUUUAUGGGAAACCCGAUGGUGCAUUCUUAAUUCGUGAGAGUAGCAAGAAAGGAUGCUAUGCUUGCUCUGUGGUCGCUGACGGGGAGGUGAAGCACUGUGUGAUCUACAGCACCGCGCGGGGCUACGGCUUUGCAGAGCCCUACAACCUGUACAGCUCGCUGAAGGAGCUGGUGCUCCAUUACCAGCACACGUCCCUGGUUCAGCACAACGACUCCCUCAACGUCAGGCUCGCCUACCCCGUCCACGCACAGAUGCCCUCGCUCUGCAGAUAAAGAGGGAGUGGGGAGAGAGGUGGCUCUCUAGCAUUUUUUUUCUACAGUUUUUAUUCGACUCCGAUGAGGGCAUUCUUUCUACGUAGACUGCUUGUUUUGCACAAGAAGUGAUUCUGUGAAUGUGAAGUGGAGAGGCCGAACAGCAGCUGGCCAGUGUGGGGGCCUAAGAGGCCUGGGGUUCUGUGGGACUCGGCUGUGCUGCCACAUGGACAUAAUCAACUGGAAGCAGAUGUGGUUUGUGGAAGGUCUGUUUCAUUGGGAUUUUUGUUUCUGGUUAGCCAGGCACUCUCAACAGAACAUGGUGGGCUGGAUGGGGGUAGGAUUUGAGGGUUGCAUUUGGAAGCCUCUGCAGAGUCCAUGGCCUCUUUUGAGCACCAUCUCUGAGGUGCCACAGGGCCAUGGGUCUGUUGGGAAUUCUGUUUUGCUCUGACAGUCUUUCUUCUCUGUAGAAGUCUGACAGUCUUCUUCCUGUAGAAGGCUGUUUUGAUUUCGUAGUAGAAUGGGAUUUGGUGAAAAAAACAACCAAAGGAAAAUGGGAAGGCUUGGAUUUCAUUUAAAGACUAAGCCAAGGGAGUAAAAAUGUUCAACAGAAGGUACUUCUUUCUUACCAACAUAAUUUAGGCUUCAGCAUCUCACUAGCUCCUCCCUCUAAGAAGCAUUAUUUUCAGAAACCAACAAAACAGUAUUUGUGAUGGGAGAAGGUGGCACUAGUGGCUGAAUGCACAUUUCUAUACCAAAACUUGAAAAGGACAACUAGAAUCUAUGAGUUUUAGCAAACACUAAGAUUGAUCAGUGAACUCCUUCUGCCCUGCCAUUGUUUCUCAACAUUUUCUUUUUCUUUUUUUCAGUAGGGAUGGUGAGAUAAAAUGAAGUUGGUGCUUAUGUGGUAUUUCCUUAGCCUAAAGAAUGAUCUGUUGUUUGAAACUUUUGUAACUUGUUUGAGUAAAGAAAAGGUGCAAUCCAGUGCUUGUAGAUGGCUUCAUAUACCAAAUGACAACCCAGAACAGCAGUCCUACACGUGCUUCCUCGAGUUUAAAGGCCCUGCAGGAACAGUAGAUAUCCUUUAAUUUUCCUUUGUCUGCCUCUCCUUUGCUGGGUAGGGUGUUGGGAACCACAGGAAGCUAAGAAGGGGAAUCGGACUGUGGUGAGGGACCUCCGUAAAUCAGACCCUGGGGCCCUGGUGUCCAGGGUCAGGGUCAUACCACAUUACACAUGUGCUUCCAUACCGUGGUUUCUGAAGCUUCUGCAAGGAGAGAAGAUGGCCUGUGGUUUAGACUUAGUAGACGCCAUCUGGAAGCCUUUCUCUGCCUGUUUCGUGAUCCUGCCAUUGAGGCGAUGUGCAGUCUGCCCUUAUGCUCCAGUGGUUGUGACUUUAGCCGGGGAGCUUCUGCCCCAUGUGGUCUGAGCCUUCCAGCUGAGUGAAGCUGGCGAAUGGGGGCAGGGAGGGGCGCAGGCAUCCACCCUGAUUCCAUUGUGCCCCACACUCAUUAGUCAGAACUCAUUUGACAAAUAGAGUCCAGCUGCCUGCCAGCCCAGCCUGGAAGCAUAAUGGGCUCAGAGUGAGUCAGCUGUUUGAGCCUAAAGCUGUGCAGUGAGGCGUCCCAGCUGAGUCAGAGAAGCAGCCAGUCCCUGGGUCUUGGUUCAUAAGGCUUACAGCUAGGAAGGCUCAAAUCUGGGGGCUGAAAGAAAGCAAGUCCUACUUUUCCCUGAGCACUCGGGUGACAGGGUCUACAAGGGACCACAGACAGACAAAUUGUUGAAGAGACCUCCAGAGCUGCGGCAGUGAUGCAGGCCAGGAAAGGGCGCCUUGGCUGUCCUGGUCCCUGUUGCUGUUUCAGGACUGGGUAAGGCAAAGACACAUGAAGCCUCCUCUGUGUCACAGAUAGCGGGCGCCCCCCUUCCCCAGACUGCAAGAUGAAAUCUUAAAGUGUUACUGUAAUGCCAAGCUAAUUGCUGCAGGACACACCUGAGUGGCUUGGCACCUGCUUAAGCAGUGGGAUGCUCAAGAUUGGGUGCAAGGACUCCCUCCUCUCUGGUACUAAAACGUUAGCAUGUUCUACUGUCUCUUUCAGAAGAAACCAAAUGGGACUGAGGAUACAUAUUUCAGUGUUGAACAGUGUGGCUCCACCGUGCUGGGCAGACACUGACGGGGUGUGGGGAGACAGCGAGCCCCAUCUUGUUACUGAACUGGGGAUGGCUUGUGGAUACAGGCUGUCCCCCACCCCACCCUCCCAGGCCCCUGGGCCAUACACACAUCCCUUCACUUUCCUUUCUUAUUUUUUGUUAUUAGAAUCAUUGCUUUGUGGGAUCCAAGACCCAGGGAUCAUUUGAGAAGUUGGAAGUUAUCUUUUCUGAACCUUGUCACAUGAUUGGCUUGCUCCUAAGCAAAUGGAAAUGGCACAGGGACCAGUCUGCUAACCACUGGGCCUGGUAUGUGGGGGGCAGUGCGCUGCUCCGCUACCCGCAGCUUGGGAACAGGUGGCAGCCUUCUUCAUGUGAGUGGAGGUCUGUGUUCUGCCCCACGAUCUGGACCCUGGGGCUCCCUCUCUCUCGGUAUUGUAACUGCAGUCUCACUGAGGCAGAGGAUAAAGAGACAGAUCAAGACUAGAGGGACUCACUAUUCUCCUGGCUAAGAGAAGCCAACCAGCAACAGGAAACCAGCUUGGGGCUGGCCGGACACGGGCCCCAGGCCCAUUUUCUUCAUGUGGAGCUUUCAUUACCAAACGGUGCCAUCUCUGGCAUCAGCUUGGCCGUGGCUCAGGGCUGGAGGGGUUGCCCAAGUCCUAUCCAGUGAUCUGGCCAAGGACGAGGACUUCCUAACACCCCACUCUGCCCUUUGCAAGCCCCGCUGGGCUCUCCCUCUCACUGUGGGCCUCGUAUGCUCUGAAGCAGCGUUGAGAGCCAGUGUGGUUCUGCCACGAGUCUCUUCUUGCUGCAGGGAGUCAGCCCUGUUUGUUCUUGAGCCAGGAAUUGCACAUAGGCAGCUCCUGAUUUCUAGGUCCCUGCUGCCGGCUAAGAACCCAGAGUCAGUCUCUGUGAGGGGUCGGAGGCCUCAGAAACCAGCGGUCCGGAUAGGGGCUUGCCUGGGCCCUCUGCUGCCAACUGCUCAGCCUCGCGUUAGCUCCAGCCACUUGUGACAGCCCACCUCGUUUCCUUACUAAUUCCAAUUCCAGCAUGUGACUUUGGUGCCCUGUUGUUACUUGUGAAAAAUCUUCUGUUGUCUUUGAUGUAGUCAAAAAAAUUUCAUGUAGUUUUCGUAAAUAUCUGGUUCACAAGGAAGCCACCUUGUAUGUCUUGUGUUGGGACAGUUCAUGAUGUAGUUCCUAGACCACUUUUGCAAAUUGUUCUUGUCACCAGGUGUGUUCAGACAUUGCUGUGCAGUUGUGGGGGAGGGAGGGGGAAGGUGAGGGGUGGUACUUUCUGGUCGUUUUGUUUUUUACCUUCCCCAAGAGGGGGACAGUCUGGCCAACUUGCUCCAGUAACGCAAUAAAGACGUUGCAAUAAAGCA